AUGUUCAGCUUCUUCAACUUCACGAAGCGCAACUCCUCCCAGAAGGAGGCGCAUGCUGGCCCCUCAAGCCAAAUUGCCCAGCGUCACGAUUCACUGGUCGAGCAGCCCGCCUCGCCUCGCCAGUCCACCAAGUCUCCCCAAUCCAACAUCUUCUCGCGCGCCACCCAUCGUCUGCGCCAUGCGCGUUCCUUUACACCUAUCCAAGAUGCGCUGGCCCGCCUCCACAAGCAUAGCCGCUCGAGGACUGCUUCGGCCCCUCCCACCCUUCCCACCCUGUUCACCCCGCCCAACUCUUCGACGGCCUCAGAAUCCGGUCCCGUCCCGGACUGGAUGUCUGACAUCAGCCUGGACAGUGACGACCUCCGCCCCAAGCAGCGCAAAAGCCACUGGAAGACUGCCGCUGGCUACAUCAGCCGCAACGGUCACUGGAUCGGCUUGACGGCUAACAAGCACCACCGCGAAGUCGACUCUCUCCAAGGUGUCCACGAGUCCAACAUGACCAGGCUCGAGGAGGAACAUGAUCAGGAGAUCGCCGCCAUGAACCGCGCGUUCGAUGAGGAAAGGAGGCGCACCAGGGCGGCUAGCCAAAGAAAGCUUAUUGAGCAGAAGCACGCAGUCAAGCAACUGCGCGAGGCUGCCCAGGAGAAGGACAAUGCUAUUGCUAGCCUGGAGCAAGACAAGCAGCAGCUCAUCGAAAUCUGCCACCGCAUGAAUCAGUGGCUGCAGCAGCGCGAUGACACCAUCAACGAGCUGCGGGCUCGUGUCUUCCGGGCUGAGCAAGAUGCUAACCGCUUCGCUCGCGACGACAUGGACUGCAAGAUGGUGGAAGACAGGAAUGCUCGGCAAGCGCGCUACAUCCACGAGCUGCUCGAUCAGAAGCAGCCCAUGGAGGUCGAGCUCGACAUGACCAAGUCGGAGAAUGCUAAUCUGAAGGCACGCGUCAAGGACUUGGAGAACCGGUUGGCUAGCCAGCAACGCUUCAUCCAAGAGGCCGUCGCCAAGUCCAUGAACUCCCAGAUCGAGAAGGUCCUGAAGGAGAACAAGCGCAUCAUGGACGAAUCCGAGAAGCAUCGCAGGGAAGUCGUCGUCCUCAAGAAGAAGCUCAACAGCCAGGCCGGUACCAUCAAGAAGUUUGACGACGACAACCUCGACCAGUUCUGGCAAAUCGCCUUCAAGGACGAACAGCUCGACACCGCCCACCACAAGAUCCGCACCCUCCGCCCCGACGCCUCCAAGGCCGUCGCCCUCGAGCGCGAACUCAUCGCCGCCAACGCCCGUCUGUCCCGGCACUACACCAGGGACGCCAACCUCUCCGCCGACGUCCGCGAGACGAUGAACGGUCUCUACAACCAGCUCGUCCAAGCCCGCAGCGACCUUCAAGAGGCCAAGAGCGAAAUCACCACCCUCAAGCAAGUCGCGAAGGAGCACAAGGACUGCGAAAGCAAGAUGCACGGCAUGGACCAGAUGUACGAGUUCCGCGAGAACGUCAUCUGCGCCCUUCAGAAGCACCACAACCGCGCCGUGCAGAUGUACCAGGAGCUGCGCGUCAAGGCCGGCCUGGAAUCCCAAGUGCCUGAGCCCGGCGCCGUCGGCAUGGACAAGAUCCACCUGCGCGCCAUGUUCGAGAUGGCGGCGCAGCGCCUCGGCGUGGAGUUGACGGACAAAGACUUCAAGCUUUGUGAGCAGCAGGAUGCGGAGAUGCUGGGCGAGUUCACGCAGAAGGCUUGGGGCCACGAGAUGUUCAAUGAGGACUCGCGGAUGCUGGAAAGGCCGCUGACGGCGACUGAGCGGGUCUUUCCCGUCAUUCUCGAGAACGUUGUCAAAGCGUUCUAUGCGAUUAUCGACGAGAGGCCCAUGCCGACCGGGUUGCACCCGCUGAUCAAGGAAGAGGAGAAGGGCAAGGAAAGCGCCAAACAGGAGGCGCAGGCGGAGGCGGAGGGCAAGCCGGCCCCGGUUCGCUUCGCCAAAACCACAAGCCUCUUGGAUGAAGUGCGCAGCGAGGCCAGGGAGAAGGCUUCUCAGAAGCCAGUCGAGGAGCAGGAGGAGCAGGAGGGCCCUGUCGUCAUCGACCUUGGCGAUGGAGUGGAGCGCAAGCAGUUCUAA